CGUGUCACAUGCAGCCGUCGCAAGCAGCAGCGAGCGUGUCGGUCGCAGUGCGCGUUGGCACGGUGAUGGUGAUCGACGGGCGCCCAAUCACCUUCUCGUCGCGCUGUGCCAACAUUCCGUCCAACGGCGGUGCUGUGCCGUCGCAGGUGCACCAAGGAAGCGAUCCUAGCAAGGCUGCCUGCAGCGCAAUCCGGUUCUUUCAGGAUCUAGGGUGCACAGGACAGGAGUUGGCCAGCUUCACCAAUGGCAUGUCAAG